AUGGAUACGAAAGAGAUGGUUCGAAGAUUCUUUGAACUCUUGUCGACACCGGAACCCCCUUGCUUUUCUCACUUCCCGGAGCCGUACCGUUCUAUGCCUGACUUCCACAUCUUCCUAUCCUUUUUUGGCACAGAAACCCCGAUGAUGAAUCGAGGUCGAGACCAAGGCCAAGGCGAGGAAGAGCCGAAGAAACCGAACCUGCCUUUGUUGCCGGAAGAGAUGGUUCUAAGUUGCUUGGCACGCACGUCAAGAUCAGAACACGCUUCUUUAUCUCUCGUAUCCAAGCGACACCGUUCUCUACUGUCAACGCCUGAGUUGUACAACUUCCGAACCCUUUUGGGCUGCACAGAAAGCCUCAUCUAUAUAUGCUUACGCAUCCCUCCAGACCCAAACCCACGCUGGUUCACCCUCUCUCUAAAACCCCAUGAUCGUCGGCUAGUUCCAGUGCGGUCUUACUCUUACCAGCCUCCGGAAGCAUCUUCCGUGGUGGCUCAUGGUUACGGGAUCUACAUCAUGGGUGGUAGGAGUAGGAUUAAAGACGGGAGAUCCACGUCGAGAGUAAUGUUUCUUGAUUGUCGAUCUCAUACUUGGAGCCCUCUCCCCUCCAUGGGGGUGGGGAGAUAUUCUGCUGCUGCUGGUGUGGUGGACGGGAAGAUAUACAUUUUUGGAGGGUGUGAUGAACGUAAGUCCAGCAGGUGGGGUGAGGUUUUCGACCCGAAGAAGCAGACUUGGGAUGCCCUCCCCAUCCCCCCGCAUACUCAUAGGCUUCCCAUAAUGUAUGAAAGCAUAGUGAUAAAGGAGGAGAAGGAGGAGAAGGUGGUUGGUAUGAAUGGCGCAUUGACAUGUAUUUCCUACGUACCAAGUGAAAGAAAAUGGAAAAUAGGGAAUAAGGAAACCUCGGGAGUUAACAAAUGUUGGCAUUUGAUAGAUAAUGUCGUGUAUUGCAGUGAAUUAGGUGGGCGGAUAUUGUGGCGUGAGGGGCAUGAAUGUGAGUGGAGAGAGGUGAUGGGCUUGGAGGCUCUCAGGGAAACUCUCGCUGCCUCCAAGCUCGUCAACUAUGGUGGACGGUUGGAAGAUGUCUAUGAGUCAAACAAACGGGAGGUGCUAGCAGAAGGAUUUGAGAUAACAGAACUCGAUGAACAACUUCCCGGUCACAAACUCAGCAACUCUGGUCCCAACAUGUUGAUCUUCUGGGACUUGCUUGCUCCUCGUCGUAAGUUAGAGAUUUGGUGUGCAGAGGUCUCUUUGGAGAGACGCAAACACAAGGAGACAUGUGAGAUUAGAGGAAACAUUUUGUGGUCCGAACCUAUCAUGACAAUGGAUCCUCCUCCUCCACAUCAGCUUCACUAUAAUUUUGAGGAAGCUAGCUUCAGCAUAUGUCGCGUAUUGCCUCAAUGGCUAACCAGAGUGACAGGAAGGCUUUGA